CAGGGUUAGGCUAUUAAUCUGCUUUCGAAAAACUGGCCCCAGGGUUAGAUCUAAUCCAUACUAAUUUGAAUUUGCUUUGCUGCAUGUCUGAUUAUAGAUUCAUAUAGACUAAUACUCACAAGAUAUGACUGGUUUGACGUUUGCCAUAAUAUUUGGUCUCUAUUUUUUGUUAUUUCCUUGUAAAGGUAAGGACUCUAUUAAACUAGACAGAACAAAUAAUAGAUUAUUUGUCACAGUUUUUUUCUCGAUAAGCACAACAAGCUAAUACUCAAGGUUUUGGUUUUAGGGAAUAUAGGCCUGACGGAACAAAACAUAUUUAUUACUAUUGGGUGCUUUUUCACAUUCUUGAAUCUCUAUAUGACUAUACAGGGUGUCUCAAAAAAACCCAAAAUCAUUGAAAUAACGUAUUGUUCGAAUUUCAAUGCCGUAACACAAAGGAUUUUGACAGGGUGAUUAAUUUGUUUUAAAAAAUUAAAAUAUCUUUGUAAAGUGAACGUUUGUUUGCUCAUGGGAAUUUAAAAAUGCUUCGUAAAUUCGUGGGGUUAGUACUUUAUGCCUGACAUAACAAGUUUACGCUGAGUAUUACCAUUCAUUAUAGCAGUUAUGUCAAUCUUUUAUGCACUCGUGGGAUUAACUUAGUGCUAGGGCAUUGAAUAUCGAACAAUACGUCAAUUUCAAUGAUUUUGGGUUUUUUUGAGACACCCUGUAUAAUGAAAACAAUUAUAAUCUUCCAUGGGCAUAAUGCUUGAGUCCAUUUCCUGUAGCGCUGCAAAGUUUAUCAAUUGUACAUUCAGAAAACAAACUUCGCGAUUUCAUCUCGCCUAGUUCAAUGAAGUCACUAAGUAUAACUUCAAAUAUCCGAACACUUGUGUGGAAUUUUGACAAUGCGCAGCCUUGCAGGAUAUAUGUUUUCUGAGCAAACGUCUCUAAUUUUUAUUCCGUCAUAUUUUUUAUCUGAAAGAUCACCGGCCGCGCCUGUUGGGAUCAAGCGGACUUCUUUACUUGGCUAGAAACAUAUAUACCGCUAGUUAGCUUAACUGCACUUGUUUGCUUAUUUUUUUAUCUCAUGCGACAGUUGCGAUGUGUCUUUUAGCCAUCCCCUUUCCCCUGCAUGCACGAUUUCCCCUUUGUGACAGUACGUGAUUGUUAAGCACUCUUCCCAUACCCCAAUUAAAACAUCACAUAUUCGUCUGUGAAGCACCCAAUAAUAGAUAAGUUCUAGGAACAUUGGCUGACCCUGAAACGUAAUCUAUGCUGUUCCAAUAAUAUUUUUAACUUUUUUAAAAUUAGAUUUUUUGUGUUUAGGAGUGAUCAUUUCACCACGUGAUGGAACAAAGCUUACAUUUCCACAUGGAUCAAGUAGGAAUAUAACAUGGACAUUUGAUGAUGCUAAAGCAACUUACCGGACUUGGUCUUUCACAAGUAGUAACGGCUUAGGAAGUGGGUUACUUGCAGCAAUAUUUUCUGAUUUUGAGCCUCAAACAACAACGGACGUCUUCCCCGGGGUUAACAUAAUAAAGCCAGCAACAUUGGCUUUAAGCAAUGUUGAUCAAAAUUAUAAUGGAACAUACACCUUUCUCCUUCAAGUAAAUGGCAAGCCAGAUGAUUCAUCUGAUGUGAUUGUUUUUAUUGCAAGUAAGUUCAGUUAAAAAUAUCAGCAAUAUAAAUUAUUUGAAUUCGAAGGUUUCGUCACAGACAGUUUAUAGAAGGGACAAGGUAGCAUGUAUGAAGAUCCAUGCAUGCAUGCAUGGGCAUGCUUAUUAGAAGUUACUAUAUAUAACUGAUUAAAGUAUUUAAGACAAAAAGAUUCAGAUCUAUUCGAUCAUUUUUGAAAAUCGAACAUGCGUAAUUAUAUCUCAAACUCAUUAAUAAUUCUCAUGAAUGACCUGACCCUAAUUCGUCACAUGAUUGAGGUUGGAUACCGCAAGGAAACACGCUAAAAAUCAUAUACCAUCACUGUUGUUACAUGAAAAACGGUUUUCAUCUAAUAACUGAGAUCCUAAUUACAAAUUCAAGUCAAAACACAACAAUAUACUAUAAUAAUAUAUAUAAGCCAAUGAAAUGUUUUCGUUUGAGAUGUUGUGUAAACAACUCGUUUCUCGUGUUUCAUCAGGCGACCAAACACUCGAAAACAAUAAAACACUCGCGCUUUGCGCUCGUGUUUCAUACAGUUUUCUCGUGUUUGGAUCCCCUGAUGAAACACUCAAACUCGUUGUUUACAUAUAACGUCAACAACCAAAAAUUUUGAAAUCCAAUGACGAAGACUAUGCAAUUAACGUCGCAAAUUUAUUCAGCAGCUUGGCGGUCGCUAGUUGUACGGCGUGUUCGUCACAUUUUUCAUACAUGUGUAUAAAGUUUCAAUCAAUGCAAUAUUUUGAAAUACUUCUUAUAUGAAAUAAUUUUUAUUCUGAUCCACACUGAAAAAUUUAAACAAUUUGCAAAUUUCGGUUUUCUAAACUUUCUAGAAAAUUUCCGCGCUUUUUCUCGAAGAUCUCCAUAUACUAUAUAGAAUUUUAGAGAUUGCCCGAAUUUCAAACUUUAUUUCAGGUAAUUUCUCCGUAUUUUCCACA